ACUCCAGGGAGGGCUAAAAAUAGGUCCACGUGUAUGUACUGAGUCUGUCUAAGUGGUCAGUGUGUAUUUUAAUAGAUAAGGUGUCAUGAAAAUAACCCCCCAGAUAAGGGUAUAAAAGGUAGCUCCGCAGCGUCUCGGUCUGAUUGUAGACCGCGGCGCAGCGGUUUAGGCUGUGAUGUGGGUAGUGGUGUUCCUGCUGCUGGGGGCAGCUGCCUCGCAGGCUUCUGCGGAGCAGACCGUCCUUUGCGGCAGAGAACUGGCCAAGGCACAUUCAAUGUACUGUUACGGCAUAGAUCCCUUCCCUGCCGAAGCCGUUGAGUCCAGCCUUUCAUCGUUACCGAUAGGAGAUUCAAAGUUUUUGCCAGAGAUACCAGAACGCUUCGCGUUUCGGGCGCGACGUACCGCCGGGGCGCGGCUCGCGUCGUCGAACCUCGUCGAGGCCUGUUGCCUGAAGCCCUGUCAUGUCACCGAACUGCUCAACCAUUGCUGAAUUUUGCUAUUGUACCUCUUUAAGUCAUUAAAUUUAAAUUAUUAGUC